CGUCGCUGGACUUUAGCAGUGCAGAUCAGAGAACCUUAGGUAAGUCCAGAUCACCUACUGGAUGCGUCUCGACCUGUCCUUGUCGCUUUCACAAUCGCCACGACACAUUGCACGCGUCCGUCAUGGAUCUCCAGAUGGCGGAUUCUGAGCCUAGCAGCAAUGGCAACGACCCAAUGCAAGAUCCAGAAGAGCAAAAAGUCCUCAAGGCCGCACUGGAUUCCUACGAAUCAUACAGAAAGAGAUCGCAUCAUCAAGUGACCCACGUCCGCCGCCAGUCAUUUUAUGCCCUCCCGUCUGCACACUCAACGAUUCUCUCCGCGCCCCCUUUCUCCGUUCUCGGGAGCCUCUCCGCCAUUGACGAUGCCAUAGACGCCAACGCUAACAUUGCAGACGCUAUAGUCCAGGCUGCCAAAUCGACUUUUCUACCUCCCACUUUCCCAACUCCAUGGACCGGCUACGCGAGCGCAUCCGAUCAUAGUAAAGCUCGGAGCACAAUCCGCCAGUUCUACCGCGACUGGAGUGCCGAAGGCGCCACGGAACGCGCCGCAUGCUAUGACCCGGUACUCUCCGCACUCUGCAACGAAUUCGCCAACACCCCUGACGAGUCAAAAUCGGCCCUGAAUGUCCUUGUCCCUGGUGCCGGUCUCGGGAGGCUCCUCCUUGAGAUUGUUCUGCUCGGUUUCAGCGCCGAAGGGAACGAGAUCUCGUACCACCAGCUACUGGCCAGCUCAUGGGUGCUGAAUCACACAAAGCCAGACGCGCCGUUCACACUAUAUCCAUGGGCGCUGGCUUUCUCCAAUCAUGUCACACGUGCGGAUCAACUAGCGAAUGUGAGUGUGCCAGACGUGCAUCCAGGACUGGCACUGGGUCAGGCCAUUGCAGACGGAAAGAGCGGAAAGAUGGGAUUCUCGACGGGUGAUUUCUGCGUUGAAUAUGGCAGCGAGGAUACCAAGAACACGUACGAUGCAGUAGCGAGCGUGUUCUUUCUCGACACGGCGCCAAAUCCGAUAAGAUAUGUCGAAGCAGUGCGUAAUUGUCUAAAAUCAGGGGGCAUCUGGAUCAACCUAGGGCCAUUGCUAUGGCAUUUCGAAAACAAUCCACCUGGGGCAUUUUACAAGUCCGAUGAUGACGAAAGUGGAAGUGGAAAGUUCAAAUCUGGGUUUGAGGGCGACAGGGGCAUCGGAGAGGCUGGUUCAGUAGAGCUCACCAAUGAGGAAGUCUUGUCCCUGGUCGGCCAGUCCGGGUUCACGAUCGAAAAGCAUGAAUUCGGCGCCUUAACUAGUGGGUAUAUUCAAGACCCAAAAAGCAUGCUGCAGAACAUAUAUAAGCCGUCCUUUUGGAUUGCUAGGAAGCAAUGAACCCUACUCCGCCUCAAACAUCAGGUUACGAAUAUCACGCAUAUAGACAGCCAUAGGCAAUGAUUAUUUAUAUUCACA